AUGCAAGCGAUAGUCUCGCACGUAUCCGCCCAAGCCUUGUUCGUUUUCCAAAGUAUCUACGAGGACGCGUUCUUCCUCUCAUUACUGGCCAUCGGAACAUGGCUAAUUCAUCAGGUAUACAAGCUCCAUUUUGAAAAGUCGCCUAUUAAUGCGAUUCCAGGACCCAAAUCCUGGCGCUGGACGGUUAUUCCGCAUGCGCUCUUUUUAUACCUCGGUCCUGGGCAUGAAAAAGCAAGAGAGUUGCACCAAAAGUAUGGACCCGUCGUCAGAAUUGCCCCCGAUAGCGUACUUGUCGCUGAUAAGAAUGUUGUCAAGCAGAUUCUCGUGACUGCCAAAGAUUAUCAAAAGGCCGACAUCUACAAAAUAAUCUUUGGAGCUGGGGUUCCUGGUUUACUUACGACCAUUGAUAGACAAGAACACAAACAACGCCGCCGCUUGUUAUCACCUGCAUUUUCAAUCACUCAAUUGAAAUCUAUCGAGCCACAUAUAUCAAACACGGUCACAGACUUGUGCGCUUUCAUUGAGAAAUCGAUUGAAAAUGCGGGCAAGGACGGAUGGACAGUGGUUGACAUGAUGCACGCUUUGCGGCUAAUGGCAUUUGAUGUCACGGGACAUGGUGCUAACGCUGGCAUGGCGGAUCAACUGAUCUGGGAAAUGACUCAACAACUAUUUUCUCCUCUUCCAGUUUUGUCAUGGUUUGUGCCCUCAUUGCCUGGGCCAAAGCUACGGAAGUUCUUGAUGAGUCUCAUUGAGGAACAUCGUCAGGCUGGUGAAGACAGAGUCGACGUCCUCAAAUUUCUACUUGAAUCCAAAGGGCCUCUUACUGACGAGCAGAUCGUCAAAGAAUUGGUUUUAAUUUUCUUUGCGGGAACUGCUAGAACUUCGGUGACGCUGACGAUCACCCUCUUGUUACUUCACUUGCAUCCAGAGAAGCUCGCUAAACUUCUCUCUGAAAUCCAUGCCACGUUCCCCGAUCCUAACGAACCCGUAACACACACCAAGUGCAAAGAAAUGCAGUACCUCAACGCAGUUAUUAGUGAAACGAUGAGGUACUAUCCUAUCGUGGGUCCUGGUUGGAUGCCGAGGACCUUCCCAUACGAUUUGAGGGUUGGAGACGUUGUUGUUCCAAAGGGUACCGAGAUAAUCAGCUCUAUAUAUACUUUGCAACAUGCAGAAGAGUAUUGGCCGAACCCGGACAAGUUCAUCCCGGAAAGAUUCUUUGCCGAGAACAAUCCAAGCUGGGACGCGUUCUACCCAUUCAGCGCUGGAGAAAACAAUUGUAUUGGUAAGAAUGUUGCGUGGGUGACGAUGGAAGUUGCGCUCGUUACACUCUUGCGUAAAUUCGAAUUGGAGCUCUUACCGGAGAACGAGCAGACUAGGCAAUUGGUGAUGUUGUCUACGUUUACGGUCAAGGGCGAGUCGUUGAAGAUGAAAGUUAAGAGGCGGGCUGAGGUUUAA